AUGGCUCCCGCGCUGGCGUACGCCACGGCCUUUGGCCUGGCGCUGCUGCAGGCGCUGGUGGGGCUGGAGACGCAGCCAACGGACACCAAUGCGCUCACGUCCCCGCUGAGCGGUUCCGCGGCGCUUACGAUGGCCCUCAACGCUGCAGGCCUUCCCAGCACGACCCACGCCGAGCUGCUGCGCGCCCUGACCCAGAACCGGACCCUGGUGGGCACAGGGGCCGCCCAGGAGCAGGCCGCCAAUGCUGAGCUGUCGCGGCUGCUGGCGGCGGUGCCCAGCGGCAGCGGCGGCGGCAGCGGUGCCGGCGCCACGGGGGAGCAGGUUCUUCUGGCCAACAGCAUUUGGAGCAGGAAGGGGGUGCCCCUCAAGAAGAGCUAUGUGGAUGCUAUGAAGGCGGCAUUCCAGGCCACCGCGGCCACCGCCAACAGCGUCUCAGACAUCAACGCGUGGGCCAAGAACGCCACCCAGGGCCUGAUCCCCGAGCUGCUGGCCCCGGGCACGCCCUUCGACGUGGUGCUGGCCAAUGCCCUGUACUUUAAGGGCAAGUGGCGCACACAGUUCGAGGGAACGAGCACGCGGCCGUGGCCAUUCACAACCGCCAAGGGCGUAAAGCAGCAGGUGUCGAUGAUGUCACACGAAUUCCGCGCCGGCCAGGUCCUGACCGCGCAGCUGCCGGGCAGCUUCACCGCCGUCCGGCUGCCGUACCGCAGCGGCAACUUCAGCGCCAUUGCCAUCCUGCCAACCAAUGCCAGCGCGGGCCCAGAAUCCCUGCUGCCGCUGCUGCUCGGCCCCAGGGCCCCCGCGGCCGGCCUGUUCGCGCCCCUCCCGGGCGGCAGCGGCGGGGUCAAAUCUCUGACGCCCGGCGCGCUGUGGGCGCCGGCGGGGCCGAAGGGGCUGAUCGUGCAGCUGCCCAGGUUUAAGCUGCGCGCCAGGAUGAGCCUGGUGGAUCCCCUCGAGAAGCUGGGCGUGAAGGCGGCGUUUUCUGACGCCCAGGCAAAUUUUGAACGUGCGGAAGGGGACCCCACAAAGCCGUUUUACGUGUCGGACGUCGUCCAAGAGGUCGUUCUUGAUGUCGACGAGGAGGGCACAGAAGCUGCCGCCGCCACCGCCGUAGUCAUGCGCACGACCUCCGCAAUGAUCGACUACGAGCCCCCGCCGCGCAUCACGUUUGACCGCCCGUUCCUGUUUGCCCUCGUCCAUGACCCCUCUGGCGUCCCACUGGUUCUGGGGGUCAUUAGGAGCCCGCCGCCUGCUGCGGAGCGGCCGGCACCCGUGCCCGGGCGCGGGGCGGCGGCCGCCGCGCCUGGCUACGUUUCGAACCCGGCAGCAGCUUCGGAGCGCGCCUCGCUGCCCCUCUCAGAGCUCUCCAAGCCCGGCCGCGUGCUGAUGCUCCGCCACGCCAACGCGCCCGGCACCGGCGACCCCCCGGGCUUCCGCCUCGGCGACUGCGCGACGCAGCGCAACCUCGACGCGGCCGGCCGCGCGCAGGCGCGGGCGACAGGCGCUGCGCUGCGCGCCGCGCUUGGCGCCAAGGUGGUGUCCGCCAAGGUAUACACCAGCCAGUGGUGCCGCGCCGAGGAGACUGCAAAGCUGCUAGGCCUCUCCAAGGCGCAGCCGCUGCCCGCCCUCAACUCGUUCUUCUCUGACCCCUCGAGCUCGGAGAAGACGCUUGCGGGGCUGAGGGCGUUCCUGGCGGGGCUGCCACAGAACGGGCCGCCGGUGAUACUGGUGACCCAUCAGGUCGUCAUAAACUCACUUACCAGUGCGUUCCCAGAGUCAGCAGGCGGCAGCAUAUUCCAGCUCAACGGGUCUGGGGCGCCGCGCUGGGAGGCCACGAUCCCGCUGCUUUGCGGCAACAAGGACGUGGCCGUGGACGCCUGCACGGGGUCAGGAAAGACGCUGGCAUUUGUGGUGCCCGUGAUAGAGAAGCUGCGGCGCCUGGACGAGCCGCUAAAGCGUCACCAGGUCGGAGCGAUCAUCGUAUCCCCCACGCGCGAGCUCGCGCGCCAAAUCCACUCUGUGAUGGCCCCAUUCGUGGAGUCCCUGCCGGGCGCAAGCUGCCUGCUGCUUGUCGGUGGCACGGACCCGGCGGCUGACGUGGCGCUGUUCAGGGAGCGGGGCGGCCAGAUUCUGGUGGGCACCCCGGGGCGCCUGGACGACAUUCUGAAGCGCUGCGCGGACCUGGACCCGAAAAGGCUGGAGGUGCUGGUGCUUGACGAGGCUGACCGCCUGCUGGACAUGGGGUUCAAGGCGCAGCUGGACGCCAUCAUGGGGCGCCUGCCGCGGCAGAGGAGGACGGGGCUGUUCUCCGCCACACAGACGGAAGCUGUGGAGGCGCUGACGCGUGCCGGCCUGAGAAACCCCGUGCGUGUCGCGGUCGCGGUCGCGGCGGCGCCCGCGCCGGCGGCUGCGGCGGCCGCGGCGCGCGGUAAGAAGGGGAAGGAGGGCGAAGCGGCGGCGGCAGAGGCGGCGGGGGCCGGGGAUCAGGUGACGCCGGCGUCGCUACAGCUGCAGUACUUGAUCUGCGAGGUGGACGAGAAGAUGGGGCAGCUGUCGUUCAUGGGCCCGUAUCAUCUGGACGUGGGAUAG